AUGAAUGUGAUGUACUUGGAUGCGUCAAAAGAUUUGUUACCAAAUCUGAACUCAAGAAGCAUAAAUCUAGGAUUUAUUAAAAUUGGGUUGAAUAAUAUGGAUAUUAAGAUACAAUCAUUAGAAAUGUUGUCACAAGGUGGAAUGGCACUUAUUUUGUUCUUGAGUGAUUAG